AUGUUAGAUAAUUAUCAUGAACUAAUAGGAAUAUUAGAAAAAAUUGAAGAGAAAGAGUUAGGAGAAGUGAAUAGAGUACUCAACGCGUUGAGAAGGAGAACCGAAGUUUUCUUAGAUGAAUAUGAUAGGGAGAGAAAUGGUAAGAAGAACGGAAUGAUUGACAUUGAUGAACUAACCGACCAAGAACCAAGAAAAAAACUUGCUGAGGAUUUAAGUAAAGAGGAUAAAGAACAAGGAGGUGGUAGUCAGUUAGGAGAUAUUAUAAAAGCGAUGAAAAAAUUAGAGAACAUAAUAACUGCUUACAAGCAAGAUAAACAUUUUGCUGAAGAAUCAGUAGCCAGCACCUCCAAAACUAAUAGUUCUGCUCAACUUUUAGAAGGUAAAAAUACUCUUGCUACUGAUAGCACUUCCCAACCUGCCAAUGUAUUCCGCAAAAGAACCAUAAGUAACCCUAAAAAAGGCAAAUCUUCUAACCAAGAAAUUCAUGAAUUAGUAGAAUUACAAAUUCAAGAAGAGAUUCAAUCUCAUCAAGAAAUACCUCCUAAUUAUCUUCCGGAAGAACAAGACUACUUAGAAACUAGCCAACUUAUUGAGAAGAAUGCUCAAUCCGAAAGUGAGAAACUCAAAGAAGCCACCCAAACAAGCCAAAAAAAUCCUCUGCUAGUUUUAAUAACCGGUGGUGCUGCCUCUGGAAAAACCACUUUAACCAAACAAUUAAAAGAAAAUUUAGAACAAAACCAGCAAGAGGCAUUAAUUCUUCCCCUCGACGCUUAUUACGCUUAUAGUCCACUUCUUUUUCAAUCUCCCGGAAAAUCUAUUUAUUUACCAACUUACGACAAUUCAGAGGAAAAAAAAUUCACUAGGUCAGAUGUUCUAAUUAACAGCUCUCCGGUUAUUAUCCUAGAAGGAAUGUUAUCCUUUUUUAAUGAAGAAAUCAGAAAAAAAUCUGACUUAAAAAUUUACUUAGAAGUAGCAGAUGAAAUAAGACUAGCAAGAAGAUUAGAAAGGUAUAAGCAAGGGUUAGAUGAGGGCAAAUUUAGUAAGCCAAUCGAAUACGAGAUAGAAAGAUUUCACAAGGGCAAACCAAAAGAAAAUCAGGAGAAUUAUAUUGAACCAGCUAAACAGUAUGCUGAUUUAGUGGUUAAUAAUGAUAAUUCUGAGGGUAAAGUAGAAGAAAAAGAAAACAUUAAUAUUCAGCCACUUCUACGAAUGAGAAAACUACUAAAAAAAUCUCUCCAAGAUGUGGAAGAUGAAUUAGAUGAGAUGGCAGCGGUGCCAGGCGUUUGA